AUGACCACUUUUUCCGAAGAACACAAGAGCUGGGUCGAGGAGGUCGACAAUGUUGCUGCUCUUGAAACGAAGGAAGAUGUCGAUGCAAUUGGUUUCGUGGAAGGGACAGAUGAGGAAAAGAAAUUGGUGCGGAAGAUUGAUCUGUUCCUGAUGCCAACGAUAUGGAUCCUAUACUGCUUCAGCUACAUGGAUCGGACGAACAUAGGCAAUGCGAAAGUUGCCGGCAUGGACAAAGAUAUCGGCCUCAGCUCUACACAAUAUUUCCUCGCUAUUGUUGUGUUUCAGGUGGGAUAUGUGAUCGCGGAGAUACCUUCCAAUAUGGUCAUGGCGCGAUGGCGUCCUUCGCUUUACAUACCAUUCUUGAUGAUCUUGUGGGGUACUGUGGCAACACUCAUGGCGGUUGUCAAGACGCCUGCUCAGCUACUCGGGAUGCGCUUUCUUCUGGGUGUGAUGGAAGCCGGAUUUAGUCCAGCUAUUCUCUUCAUCAUUUCCACCUGGUAUAGGAGGAAGGAACAGUCAAAGCGCUUCAUGACCUUUCUUUCCGCAGGUAUCUUGUCUGGUGCAUUUGGUGGGAUCAUCGCUGGUGCAAUCGUCGAUUCGCUUGACGGGGCGCAUGGGAUUGCGGGGUGGAAAUGGCUUUUCAUCGUCGAAGGCGUGUCUACCAUUGGCUGCGCUCUCAUCGCACCUUUCUUCCUCUUGGAUUACCCAGCCACUACGAAGCGUCUUAGCCCAGAGCAACGUGUGUUAGCCGUAGCACGAUUGCAGGCCGAUGGCAUCACGAGCCGGAGUGCGGAUGGCGAAGUGGCAUCCAUAUCACAUUGGCGAGCAUUCGUCAGCGCAGUCAGCAACUGGCGUGUCUGGUGGCUCUGCAUCGGCUACAUGACUAUCAUCGGGUGCUACAGUUUGAGCUACUUCAAUCCGACGCUUGUCCAGGGGCUAGGAUAUAAAGGCUCUGAAGCUCAGUACAUGACCGUUCCGCUCUAUGUUGUCGCAUUCGCUAUCGCAGUCCCGACUUGCAUCUUCGCCGAUCGAAUUCCUUCGUACCGACCGCUGAUGGCUAUGACCGUCCUGAUACUUGGUGCAGUAUUCUGUGCGCUCACUGCCGGAAUCUACGCCUACAUGCCCCGUUACGUGUUCCUCUGUUUUAUCAACAGCGCCAUUUGGACGGCCAAUCCACUCGCAUUAUCAUACGCCUCCGUAUCCCUGGGCCCACUCGAUCCUGAGACACGAGCUAUUUGCCUCGCUAUGAUCAACGGGAUGGGAAACCUUGCGCAGAUAUAUGGCAGCUACCUGUUCCCAGCCAAAGACGCUCCAAAGUACCUCGUUGGUUUCGGCACAUAUGCUGGAUUGUUGACUUUCGGAGCGGCGAUGUACGGAACUGCGUGGUUAUUGUUUCGAAAGUUUCCUUUUCGGUCCGAACAUUAA